CUACACGUAUGACGUAACUCCGGUGGUGAAGUCUGAAGAUGUCAUUCGUUUCGUACUGCGUCCUAAGAAGGGCCCGGCAAAUCGUUACCAGCUCGAAGCUGCAGAGAAGUUUGGAUUACCAAAUCAAGAAUGAUCACCUGAAGUGCUUAUGGAAUACCUCCCAACUCCUCACAAGGCACCAACACACAGAACCACUCUCAUCAUCGGAGGAUGGUGGGGGCAGGGGUCCGCUCGCUCGAUAUAACAGCCUAAUUGAAUGUGGAGAGUUGAGAAAUGAUGACCACCAGAGGGAGAUCGUUACCAGGUUACAACAGCUUCAUGAUUCUGUUCGUGGUUAUCAACCAGAGGAGCUUGGAUUCUUUGAGAAGGUCCUUGGGAAGCGGGCCAAACCAGCACCAACCGGUCUGUACCUGUAUGGCAGUGUAGGAACAGGCAAGACCAUGCUGAUGGACCUGUUUUAUGAAGAUGUAGCAGUAGACCAGAAGAUGAGGAUCCAUUUCAAUUCCUUCAUGUUGGAUGUUCACAAAAGAAUUCAUGAGAUCAAGAAACAGAUGCCCAAAGACAGGGACAGCACCAAACCUCAAGCAUUUGAUCCCAUCUCACCGGUAGCUGAGGAGAUCAGUAAAGAGACAUGGAUGCUGUGCUUUGAUGAGUUCCAGGUAACAGAUAUUGCCGAUGCCAUGAUACUCAAACGUCUCUUUACCCAACUCUUCAGUAAUGGCGUGGUUGUCGUGGCAACAUCAAACAGGCACCCAGAUGACCUUUAUAAGAAUGGUCUUCAGAGAAGCAACUUUGUACCGUUCAUACCAAUAUUAAAGAAACACUGUGAUGUUCUAAAUCUAGACUCUGGAAUAGACUACAGAAAAUUGUCAGGUCUUCCUGUUGAUGGUCAAGUGUAUUUCAUUCAAUCUCAGUGUGAUGCAACCAAUAUAUGUGAACAGAUGUUUACCAAUAUAUGUGCUAGGCAAGGAAAAGAAGUGAAAGAAAUGACGUUAAGAGUACUUGGGAGAGAUGUAAGGAUACCAAGGUCUUGUGGAAGGAUAGCCAGCUUCACUUUCGAUGAUCUAUGUUUGAAGGCUUUAGGAGCAGGCGACUAUCUGGCCAUCGGUCAUAACUUUGAUAUCGUCUUCAUUCACAAUAUACCUCAGAUGUCGCUUAGUUCCAAGUCAGCAGCGAGGCGAUUCAUCACAAUGAUAGAUAACUUCUACGAUGUGAAGGUAAGACUGAUCUGCAGUGCUGAAGUACCCGUAGAAGAACUGUUCGUAACGGGUGCUAUGACACAGAAAGACAUGGAAGAUAACUUCAUGCUAAUGGAUGAUCUCAAUAUACAACGGGGAUCAGAACUAUCCCACGCAAGCAUCUUCACCGGCGAGGAGGAGCUCUUUGCUUUCGAGAGGACGAUCUCCCGUCUGAUGGAGAUGCAGACGGAGGACUACUGGAGUAUAUCGGAGCAAGAGAAACAGGAGAAACUCAAGAAGAGAAAGAAAACUAAAGAAGAAGAGAAGAAGGCCUUAUGACGAUAACCAGGCAAUCAGAUUCUAUCUAGACUAUUUUAAAUCUAUCUAUUUUGAAUUUUAAUGAAUUCGUACCUGGUUUUAUGCAAUUUAUUGACGAUGAAAGCUGCUUUAAACUGGGCCCUGUGGCAUGAAAAGAUAUAAUGGAUACAUACGAUUGAUUAAAAUUUGUAUACAUAGUUUGCCUUAGAUUGCCAUUUACAGUUAGUUGUAUAAUUGAUUGUAACUUCAUGGUACAGGGCCCAGGCUUGUUUUAACCAUCAUAAGGAAUACAUGGGCAUCCAUUCUAUCUUAUCUUCCAUCAUUUUUUUAAAGAGAAUAUUUUAAAAACAUUGGAUUUAUUUCAGUUUUUACCUUGUAUUUUGCAAUAAACCUAGUGUGUACAUUUUAUUGAAUGAGACAUUUUAUGGCUAAUUACUAACUUUUAACAUCAAGGGAGUGUUUCAUAAAUCAUCUUGUGUUUGAUCUUACAAAUGUAUAUGCCCUAAGCCAAUCAGAGGCAAGAAUAUUAGUAGCUUAUAACAGAUGUCAUUGAAAAUCAAUGUCAAAUGAAAAUCUCCUCUGGUCUUUUUACAUUAGGAAGGAUUGAACACUUUUAAUUGAACUCUCCCAAGUUCUUAUUCAUUCUGUAUUAAGGUAAGGACAUAUACUAAUAAUGAUUAUUUAUUAUAGCGCCAUCUAUCUAGAAAUAAUUCAUUCUCAAUGUUAAAGUGAAGAGGCAGUUGAAAUGUCCAAGAAAGGAUCAGGUUUGCUGAGGGGAGGAGUGGGGGGGGGGAGGGGAGAGGGAUACUCACACUGAAGAUUGCCAACACAGAUUAGUGCAUGUGGGACAGUAUUUAUUGUUCAAAAAAAACCAUCAUCUGGCUAGAAUUUUUUUUUUUCAUUACAAAUUUUCUACUGGAAUCCUGUGGCACAUAUAUUUUACUUUAUACAUACACACCCCUGGGCCCCGUCUUACAAAAAGUUACGAUUGAUCCAAUCAAUUGUAAUUCUAUGAAAAUCCCUCAGUGUCAUAAUUUUUUUCUACAGAAAAUUGGCACAAUGUCCUUUGUGAACAAAGAGAAGCAAAGUGAAUUUUCAAGAAAACAAUGGAUGCACGAAUAUACAUCAUAGUUAGAGAAUAUUUCGAUCAAACAUGCAUAAUAGAUGUUGACGUCGUUGGCCGUACAUAGUUGUGAUUGAUUAGAUCGAUCGCAACUCUUUGUAAGACAGGGCCCUUGAUUCUCAUUUGGGAGAGUAUUUUGCAAAAUUUAUUUUUAGAUCAUCACCACAACUAGCAUUUCAUAACUGAAGCCAGUUAUCGUUGCCAAUUUACAUUUAGAAAUAAGACUUUUGUCACAGUUAAGUGAAAUGAACCAGUAAUAACUUACCUCAGUUUGAAGUAAUUUUUUUAACAUAUAAAAAUUUUAAGAAAUAAGUAUUGAAAAUAAGAAAUAUCAAGAUCGGCCUUUUGUAUAUGAAAAUAUAUAUUUUUAAGAAAAUUAAGCAUGCAAAGGAGUUACUAUUCCAUUUGAAAUCAUCAUUGUUUCAGUGUUUUUAAAUGUAUAUUUAUGGGCCCUUACUGAAAUUAUUUUGAAAGUAUAUAUAUGCUAUGCUGCCAAGAGUGAUUGUCAACUGCAUGAUAUCAUUUGAGGAAUAUACAAGUAAACUAACACAAUAUAAACUGAAUGACAUGAACACAUACUUGUGAUGCAAGUGUUUGAGAACUAAAUCCUCAUUUUAAUGUUUUAAAGGA